GGACAUACAGCAGUGAACAAAACCGAUGCAAAGCCUCUCCACAAGGAGGUGUGGGAUGGGAGGUGGACAGUCAGCACAAAACCAAGACAAUUUCAAGUACUCAUAAAACACAGUGAUGGGACAGAGUGGGAGGAGGCUAUUUUGGGAUGAUUAGGUAAAGCCCCAAGAGACACUGGAGCUGAAAUCUGAAUCACCCGAGGGAACCAGCUGUUGAAGAUGCGGGAGCAGAGGUCUUCUAGGUGCAGGGAUCAGCAUGUGCAAAGGCCCUGAGGCAGGAGGGUGUUCGACAAUCUUAGGAACUGAGUGGAAGCUGGUGAGGAAGUAGUGCUCGUGAGCAAGGAGUUAAGAGGUCAGAAACAAAGGUGGGCAGUAGGGGGAAAGUCACGGGUAUACCGGUAGAAGAAAAAGCUGCCCUGGAAUUUCAAGUCCAUCACAGAAGAUGUGCAAGGAGCUGGGGGUACCCACGGAAGUCACUUUGUGCAGGAAAACUGUAUGAAGGAUGGACUUGGUUUAACUGAAUUGACGCAGGCCAGGUGAGAAUAGGAACCGUGGCAGCAAGUGGCAGCAGGUGGAUUCAUAAGCAGUCUUCCAGGCUGAUGUUUUCUGUGCAGCAGACAUCCCUCACUCUUUCCCAGCAACCCCGGCUGAGAACAGCACCCAGACAGGCUGAUUUCUUCUGGAGAGGCCUGAGGUUCUUGCUCCUGCCCUGCCCUGUGCCCUGAUGCCAGCAGCCACUGCAGCCCUUUUUGUGCUCACCCCCGACCUGUGGUGUGACGUCACAAUGUAGUCCAUUCAGGAUCUUGAGACUGACUUGCCCCAUGGGCCUAAGACAUAAGCUGAACCUCUGGCCUGCAGUUCCAGAUCCAAGGUGACUGAGACAAACUGCCGGCUGCCACUGGCUUAUCAGGAGCACCUGGGCUAUCUUAGUUUCCACUGCUGCAGCCUGUGGUCUGGACAUUUGCCCAUGGUUGUGAGGUCCCCAUGCAUGGGACUUCUUCCUCCUGACUCCAGGCUUCAGUUCACCCAUCAGGCCUUAAAGCAUCUUCUGCCCUAUCUUGCCCUGAACUUUUUGCUGCAAAAACCAAGGGCACUGCCUCAAGCUUAUCUUCCCAGCCACUGUUUACUGCUGCUACAUUGUUGCCCAAGACACUUCAGAAGUGACCGUUUUUGUCAUCUCCUGCCAAGUCCUGGAAGGCAAGCCACCAAGUCCCAUGCACCAUUCCCACAGCCUGACAACCUUCCUGACUCUACCCACUGGAAUCUAAAGAGUCUGCCCACUUCUGGAUGUUUGUUCAGGAGAUGGACGACAUGUCUCCCAGGCUGAGAGCCUUCCUCUCCGAACCCAUUGGAGAAAAGGAUGUCUGCUGGGUGGAUGGCAUCAGCCAUGAGCUCGCGAUCAAUUUGGUCACCAAAGGUAUCAACAAGGCCUACAUCCUGCUGGGACAAUUCCUUCUGAUGCACAAGAAUGAAGCCGAGUUUCAGAGGUGGCUCAUUUGCUGUUUUGGUGCCACUGAGUGUGAGGCCCAGCAGAGUUCUCACUGCCUCAAGGAGUGGUGUGCCUGCUUCCUGUAGACACAAACCUCAUUGCUGCCCCCCACCACCCCCUGGGGAAAAUGACGCCUUCUCCACCUA